UUUAUUAAGGCGGAAAAAAGCAAACGAAAUACGAUAAAAAUUCAAUUGCUUUGAAUAAGAAUUUUUAUAGUAAAAAAUUUUAAGUAAUAUAAUUGAAAUUUGAAAGAAUUUAAAUAGUUGAAAAUAGAAAUUAUUCAUAAGAUUUCAAGUUUUCAUUUAAAUAAGUUCUAUAACAAAUUUAAAAAUAACCAGUACAUAUCUGCAUAAUUAAAAAUAAAAUACUUGUGUAAAAAAAGGAUAUUAUUUCAAAUUUGAUAAAAUUUUUCUAAUAGUAGUUUUCAAAUUUAGAAUUUGGUUUUGUUAUAUAAAGUGGAAAUUUUUAUACGCUAUAUUUUGAUGUGCAUUAAUUUCAAUUUUUAAAUUUCAUAUGAAUUGUGUAAAAUAAGCUUUUGUUUGAAAAAAUAGUAUUUAUGAAGUUCUUAUUUGUGCUCUUGUAAUUUGAUUUUUUUCUUCCUAAAGAACCAGCGCUAUUAUUUAAAAAUAACUUAAUUGUCAUGUAAAUUAUUCUUUGUAAACGUUAUCAGACUUUUAGAAAUUAUACUAAAGCAUUGCAAACUAUUUUUGAAGCAUGAAGUUAUGAAUAUUUUUUUUAAUUAGCACAACAAACUAAAAUUUUUAGUGUGAAUCGGAGUUUAUUAUUAAACUGAAUUCAUUUCACGUUUUAAUUUUGUUGUAAAUUAUGUUAAUACGCAUUUAAUUUUUUUACGACAAGGACUUUUACAAGAAAUUUUAAAACAAGAAAAUCAUAACAUGUCUAAAUUCCAUACAAAUCCAACAUUUGAAAAUGACAACGGCAAACCAGACAAUUUGGAAACAGAAGUCCGCAUUAUACCACCAGAAACCAAUAUUUCAGCAAAAAAAGUGAAGGAACGUGCCACAUGGGGUAAGGGAAUAGAAUUUUUGUUAUCGUGUAUUGCUAUGUCCGUUGGAUUAGGUAACAUUUGGAGGUUUCCAUUUACAGCAUUAGAAAAUGGCGGCGGUGCAUUCUUAAUCCCAUAUUUAAUUGUUCUUAUAUUAGUUGGAAAACCAUUUUACUAUCUAGAAAUGGUUAUUGGGCAAUUUUCAAGUUGUGGUCCAGCUAAAGUGUAUAAUUUUUGUCCAGUUAUGAGAGGAAUUGGUAUUGGACAAGUGUUUUCUGUGUCAAUGAUAUCAACAUAUUAUGUUGCUUUGAUGGGAUUCUGUUUAAAAUAUAUUGUGGAUUCGUUUAGUAAUGUUCUGCCAUGGAGUGUUUGCAAUGAAAACUGGGGAGUUAAUUGCGUUGCUGCUGAUGGAACUUUUUUAAAUGGUACAAAUUCUAGUCAAACUGACAAAGCGUAUUCAUCAGCUGAACUAUAUUUUUUAAGAGAAAUAAUUCAUGAAACUGAUAAUAUUGAUGGUGGAAUUGGUGCACCAUUCUGGCAAACCUCACUAGCAAUGUUUAUUGCAUGGGUUGUAAUUUAUAUUAUUUUAGUACGUGGAAUCAAGAGCUCUGGAAAGUUUUCCUAUUUUCUUGCGAUUUCUCCUUAUAUAAUAUUAUUCAUAUUAUUAAUUAGAGCAGCAACUUUACCAGGAGCUGGAACUGGUAUGCUUUAUUUUAUACAGCCACAGUGGAAGGAACUUUUAAAUCCAAAGGUUUGGUAUUCAGCUGUUACUCAAGUAUUUUUUUCAUUGACUGUAUGCUUGGGCUGUGUUGUGAAUUAUUCAUCCUAUAAUAAAUUUGAUCACAAUAUUUAUAGAGACGCCGCUAUAGUUACAGUUAUAGAUACGUUUACGUCCUUAUUGGCAGGUUUUACAACUUUUGGAAUUUUGGGACAUUUGGCUUAUGAAGUUGGAACUGAUGAUAUAAAAUCAGUUGUGCAGGGUGGGGCUGGUUUAGCUUUUAUUUCAUAUCCGAAUGCAAUUGCCAGAUUUGAUGUGGCCCCACAAAUAUUUUCUGUGCUAUUUUUUUCUUUACUAUUUAUUUUGGGCGUUGGAAGCAAUAUUGGAAUGAUGUCUUGUUCUAUGACAGCUAUAACUGAUAACUUUAAAAUAAAACAAUGGCAAAUUGCAUUAAUUAUUGCUGUAAUAAGUUUUUCUAUUGGAUUGAUUUAUAUGACCCCGGGUGGUCUUUGGAUGUUGAACAUUAUUGAUAAUCAUGGUGCAUCUAUGAAUUGCUUAAUUUUAGGAAUUAUGGAACUUUUUGUUUUAAGUUGGAUAUAUGGAGUUAAUAAUAUAUGCAGAGACAUAAAAUUUAUGAUGAACAGGUCAACAGGACUUUUUUGGCGUAUAAGUUGGGGUUUUAUAACACCAAUAAUAAUGACAGCUAUUUUAGUAUAUUUUUUUGUAACAUUUAAGCCAUUGACAUAUUCUGAUCAAUUUUACCCAGAUUGGGCAUAUAGUAUCGGUUGGUUAAUAACUUGUUUUGCUAUUGUUCAAGUUCCUUUAUGGGCGAUAAUUGCUAUUAUUAAGCAAACUGAAACAACAUGGAAAGAAAGAAUUAUUAAAUCAUUUAGACCGAAAACGAUAUGGGGUCCUAAACAUCCAGAUUCAUUUCAACAGUAUCAAAAGAUGUUUUCAGAAAAUGAAAAAUUAAGAAAUAAAUUUCAAGAAAGUGGAUAUCUAUCAUUUAUUAAAAAGAAAAUUUUUGAUUGAAGUAUUAAAUUAUGAUAGAAUAUUUAACUGUGUUAUUACUUUUGUAAGACAUUUUAGCUGACGCAUUCUAAAGUUUACGAUAAUCAUUAGUGAUUUAAGAAAGUAAUUUAAUAUUUGAAUUGUUUAACAAAAUAUAGUACUACAUAAUUAACUA